AAACCAUCACAAUAAAAGAGACAAAAAAGAUGCAGCUAGGAAAAUCAAUUCUUCUAUGGCUAAUAACAUUUCUAUCAGUCUCCCAAAAUUCAAUCAAACUCUAAUAUCUUUUACUAACAUAUCUUCACUCUCUAAUUUUCCAUACUCAAAGGUUCAUUUCCAUAACCAAUUAUAUUAUCAUCAAUUCAAGGAGACCAAUUACACUUCACCAUCAUCAUAUAGUUAUCGCCUUUUUUCUCGAAGGAGUUUUGUGGAGGACGAAGAUGAUCAUAAAUCGAAAAACUAUAGUUUCCAAGAAGCUGUGGCGCUUUUUAAUAGCAGAGAUUAUUACAGAUGUCACGAUGUUCUUGAAGCCCUUUGGAACGAAUCCCAAGAGCCGAUUCGAACUCUACUCCACGGAAUUCUUCAAUGUGCAGUAGGAUUCCAUCACUUAUUCAACAAAAAUCACAAAGGAGCAAUGAUGGAAUUGGGAGAAGGACUAUGUAAGCUUAGAAAAUUCAACUUUGAAAAUGGACCAUUUUAUGAGUUUGAAAAAGAAAUUUCACAAGUUUUGGAUUUCAUCUAUAGAACACAAAUAGAAGUUGCUGCUUGUGGUGAUGAUAUUUGUGUAACUAUGGAUCAAUCACAAAGAUCAUAUCAACUUCUUGGUGGCUUUGCAGCAGGACAACAACUUUAUACCUUGGUUAGUGAUAAUUACCAAGAUGAUUAUUGCUAUCUUGUUUUCUCAUAUGGAAAAUAUCAUGAAAAUGUAGAGCAACUUAGGAUAAAACUUCCAACUAUUGAUGCUUCUGAAGAAAAUCUUAAGGAGUUGGAGUAUAAUUGAUA